AACUGAUAACCUGAAUAGUAAAGAAAUGCUUUGGUUAUAUUCAGCUCUGGGCACUGGUGUCACCCUGUUCUUGCCCAUGAGUACUCUGGUAUGCCUAGUUUCUAGCUCUCUUAGGUGCUUACAGAUCCCCCUUUCGCUGCCUCGCAGUCUUUGAUGUAUUUAUCUUUGCAGCCAUACUCUGAAGGAGGAAAACAAGAUUUUUCUUGUUUUGCAAAGAAUUAGCAGAGUCGUAGAUAAAUUGAGACUGUGUAGUUCACUCAGGUCUGUUGCAGCAGCAGCUAUAAAUUUAUCUGAGUUAGUUUGUUUCAACUGUUUUUGCCAGAUAGCAGUAGCACACGUUGCAGUGCAUGUUUCACUUCUGUUAACUGAAGACAUAACAGGGUCCCAAGAAGGCUUUUUACUACAUAAGAGGUCUCCAUCCAUUAGUCAGUCAUCAAAAUAAAUAGAAUUUGGCUUGCUUUUUUCAAAAUAAGGUCUUAGUAACUAGGAUCGGAUAGAAUAAAGCUGUUUAGAAACUUACUCUGAUGCAGCAAAAUGCUAGCAACCACAGCUCCUGUGCAAAACAGAUGGUCAUGAAGGAUGCUCAUGAGGGGUUCCUCAGCUGAAGUUCAUGAAUUCUCACACUUUAACUAAAUGCUAAUUUGUAAAAUUAUCCUUUCUUCCUAAGAGUUCUUCUUUAAAUUACCUGGAUGAAUCCUCUUUCUUUCCCAUCAAAAUUGUGGUCUAACAUUGCUGUGAGUGGGUAAAUGAUUCUCUCUCUACCCCUGCAUGGUCAUAUUAUAGUGAGGAGCACUCUAACAUCUGGAAACAUCUGAACACCAUGUUCAGAGAAAGGGCUAGAAGUGCAAAGUCUUGUUAGGAAUUCAGGUGUUGGACAGGUAUUAGAGCAUAUUUAGUUUUGAAAAACAUCCUUUCUCCAGUGGGAUGCCCUGCAUUUGUGGUGCUUGAAUGUUCAGGUGUUUUUACUGGCUUGUUAUGGGCAUAGAUGUUCUCCUUGCCUGGAGUCCUACUGUCCCAUGGCACAGCACCAGAGCCCUACAACUAGCUGAGAAAGCAGAGUGUCCUCUGGGCUGUGGUGAGUGACCAUGGGAAGAAUCUAACUCAAGCAGAAAACUCCUGAUAUUUGGGUUACUAUGGAACAGCCAGAUUUGAAGCUGAGGCCCUAACUGCCGUGCAUGAUGAGAAGGGCACUGAAUCUGAAGCGGGGGUCUUGCUCUCGCUGGUGCCAAGGCAUGGGGACUAAAGAUUUGCAUAGUCAUUCCCAAUUUGUAACAGUAUAAUAAAGAGGAAGACUUGUAUCCAUCCAAGAGUGAUGUUGCCUUGCCAGUAUCUGCAGGAAAACUCUGACACACGGGGUACACGUCAAAUAGUGUGGUGGAGCAGGUCAAGCAGUAUUUGUUUCCAGCUCAAACCAGUGACGGAUGAGUAACAGUCUCCCCUUGGCAGCUGUGGCAGUGUCAUACUCACCACCCCAUCCUGCAGCAGCUUGCUGUGGUAACACAGGUUAGGUGUGUGGCAGAGCACCAUCCAUAUGCUUAGGAAAAGGUGUGCAAUUGAUGUAGCAUUUCAGGCAAGGAGCAAAAAUGCGGAGCGGAGCAGUGCACAGUUAAGAGUUGCCCAUCGUGGUGCCUGCUCCAAGGCCAGCAUGAGCCUGUGGGAGUCUCGGGCCAGAAGCCAAGAUUUGGUUCCACUCCCAGAAAAGUCAACGAAACCCAUUUAAAGUGGAAUAAUUUCAUCCUGUACUGCAUGCUGAGUGACUUGCCAACGUUACUAUUAAUAGCACGUGUUUAUCCUAGGUACAAGCUAAUGGAGUGCAGAGCUACAGGAUUUCUGUGCAGCUGAUUAGUGGAGCCCUGGACUGAAGGAUGCUGAAUCUGUUAUAUGUGGGCAGGACCUCACUUGGCUUCAGAGUCUGACUGUCUCUAGGAACUACCUAAACAUUUUUCUAUUUAAUAAAUCUCUUCCCAUGGUGCCAUUCUCAACAUGAGCUAAUUGCCAUCCCAUGCUGAAAGAAGAAAAGCCCUACCUAAAACCAAGUGGUAGCUAAAAUUUGGUGACCUUGUCAAGGAUUUCAGGUCCAGAGUUGUCACUAGUGUCUUUUAUGUGGAAAGUGUUAAGAUAGCACAGUGUUGAAAAAUGACACAAGCUAGAAAAAAGGGCAGGAGCCACUGUGUUGGGAAUGUUAAACAUCACACAGUGUGUAGUUCUGACUGUGCAGGAUAUCUUUUCCCUGUCCCCUUCCCUUAAAAUAGUUUUUCUUAAACCACAAAACUUUGCCUUUCUUUUCUGCUUCACAGACAAGCAGAGCAAAUACAGAAAUAAUCUCCAGAGAUGUUCUACAGAUAUUUUUGUUUCUUCAGUCUGUGUCUUCUCCUUCCAACCCAAAGGAGGUGCUCCCUGGGUCAUAUAUCCAACUUGCAUGGCAGCGACACAACAUCCCUCCCUGGAUUUGAGAACCUCACGGUGGGAUACAACAAAUACCUCAGGCCCUACUUUGGUGGAGAACCUGUUCAAAUUGCAAUGAGUCUGGACAUUGCAAGUAUUUCUAGUAUAUCCGAGAGUGACAUGGAUUACACAGCUACUAUAUAUUUGCGGCAGCGUUGGACAGACCCCCGGUUGGUCUUUCACGGCAACAAGAGCUUCACGCUAGAUGCUCGUCUAGUGGAAUUGCUCUGGGUACCAGACACAUACAUUGUGGAGUCAAAAAAGUCCUUCCUGCAUGACGUUACUGUGGGGAACCGCCUCAUAAGAUUGUUCUCUAAUGGCACUAUCUUGUAUGCCUUAAGAAUCACUACCACUGUUGCUUGUAACAUGGACCUGUCAAAAUAUCCCAUGGACACACAAACAUGCAGACUGCAGCUAGAAAGCUGGGGAUAUGAUGAAAAUGAUGUCGUCUUCACAUGGUUGAGAGGAAAUGACUCUGUCCAUGGCAUAGAAAAGUUGCGGCUCUCUCAGUAUACAGUGGAACGUUACUAUACCCUGGUCUCAAAGUCACAGCAGGAAACAGGCAGUUAUCCACGACUGAUAUUGCAGUUUGAGCUGAGAAGAAAUGUCCUUUACUUCAUUUUGGAGACCUAUGUGCCCUCCACUCUGCUCGUCAUGUUGUCCUGGGUUUCUUUUUGGAUCACGUUGGAUUCGGUGCCUGCAAGAACGUGCAUUGGAGUAACGACGGUGCUUUCCAUGACAACUCUGAUGAUUGGCUCACGAAGUUCGCUUUCGAAAACCAACUGUUUUAUUAAGGCCAUUGAUGUUUACCUUGGCAUCUGCUUCAGCUUCAUCUUUGGUGCCCUUGUGGAAUACGCAGUGGCUCACUACAGCUCAUCGCAAAAGUGUGCAGCUAAAGCACCUGAAGAGGGGCCUGCAAAUGAACUCACAAAAGAAAUGGAGGAAGUCAACAUCACUAACAUCCUCCACAGCUCCAUCACUAGCUAUAAACGGAAAAUCAGCUUUACAAGCGUUGAGAUUUCCAGCGAUAACGUUAACUGCAGUGACUUGACCAUGAAAACUCAUGAGAAAAUCAAAUGUGUCUUGAGAAACAAAAUGCACAGGAUUAUUGGUUAUUUCACAAUUCAGAACCCCUGCAAUGUAGACCACUACUCCAAAUUGCUUUUCCCGUUGUUUUUCAUGGUGGUCAAUGUGUUUUAUUGGGCUUAUUACCUAUAUUUUUAGUAGAAAUCAGUUGCUUCAUUCUCCUACUUCAGCAGGAGAGGAAUCUUGCCAAUGGGCAUCUAGGUAUCUAACCUCAGUGAAUCCAACGUGGACAAAAUGCUCUGUUGUGUUUCCUGUGGUACAGAGCAGAAGAGUGUGUAAGGUAUGCAAGAUGCAAAGCCUUGGUGCUUCAGCAUUAGCAACAUUGACUCUGGACAACUGCUUGUUCAGCUGAGUGGCUCUGCUGGGCUCUUGUGCUCCUACCUGCUUUUCAUUCCAGCAUCCAGCCUCUCACCUGGCUGGAGAUGGGUGUGUAGGACUGCAUGUGGCAGGCCACAGAGCACUACAGGUAGCAAAAUUAUCUUGGUAGUCUGAAGCAGGUUGGAACCUUCUAGUUUAGAUCUCCAAGAGGGUGUAGGAUUACAGCUGUUAUUCUUUGUUUGCCAGAGAUAACAGUAACAGAGGGACUGUGAUUGCUGUCUCAAUAGCUCCUCUGUUCAUGUAAGAGAACCCAAAGGCAGCAGUGUGCUGUGCACAGAGGAACAGCUCCCGUGCACGGUCCUUCCUUGUCCCGGGGGUGAUGCGGUGCCAGACCGGUGAUUUCAGUGCUGCUGGUGUCGUCGCAGUGGUAUGCCUUGUUGUUUUUAAUACCUGUCAGAUUCAUUGAGGUAAUCUUCACUUGUUCAAAUUGUCCAUCCCUGAGACAGACAGAGGGCUUUUUAUUUGUAGAACUGCAUUUUUUCAGAGGUUUGGGAACACAAAAUAUAGGCAGCAAAAUUGUUUUGUAACCCAUCUUUUAUACUCUUCCUGUUGUGCUGCAGUUGAACAGAUUCUACCACCUUCCACAUCUUCCUCACAAAUUAUUUUUCAUCCUGGAGAGUGCCUCCUUCAGCUUUCACUGCUAUAAGCAGCUCUGGUUUCCUGCCAGCCAUAUGCAAGAGUGGCCAAUUUGUCACCCCUCUUUUAUGUGGCUGUGCAGCUGUGGCAAGUCAGCAGUGCUGCUGGGUGAAAAACCCAUGUGUGGGCUGAGGUACGAUGAUAUAAAUCAGCCUGUCGCUCUCUUUUAGGCUGAGAUGGUGUUACAUUCCUGCAGAAAUUCAGAUUCUAAGUGGGCUCUGGAAACUGCCAGUCAGCUUUGUUUAUCCUGCAAUCAGCAGGACCGAGAGCUUUGUUUUAAAAAUAAAUUAAGUAUGUGGCACGCAUACACCUAAGUUUGAGAACCAAAUGCCAUUUGGUACUAUGUAGCUUAAGGCUACUGGAAGUCUUUAUUUCCUGAUUUUAAAAUGAAAGUUUUAUGGCAGAUUCCCCCCCCCCCCCCUUUUGGUCUAGACAACUUUCAUAACUUUGAGGGUGUAAUCCUGCAGUUAUGUAGGCAAAACUGUAAUGGCUUGCAGUGGCUACCAUUCAGCAGGAGUUUUGGCUGAGUGAGGCCUCUCAGCACAUAGCUUAUAUUACAGUCUCACGCACACAGUGUUUGCUUAGUGUAAGAGUCUCUUACUGGGGUUUCCUAUAGAAGGGGUGGGCAAAGCAUGUGAAACUAUAGAUUUUUUACUUUAAUAACUUUUUAUCGAACCACUUCACCACACUAUAUUGUGAAGGCUCUAAACCACAUAUUCAUAAAUCAUAGCUUUUACAAAGAGCAGCACAAGAAGACAAAGGGGAACAGACUGGCAAUGGCAAGUGAAUAAACACAAACUCCAAUAAUGAAAUGUUGGCUUGUAUAUACUGGCAUUUAAAGUCCAUUCCAUAAAAUGUAAUAAAGUGAAUGUUUGUGAUAUGAACACUAACCCCCAGAGAGAUCCUCUAUUAAAAAAAUCAUUACCUUC